AUGCGCGCUGGGGUGCACAAGGAGGGUGUUCCUCUCCGGCCCAUUGUAUCGCUCAAAGGCACUCCAACGUACGGACUGGCAAAAUGGCUGUUUCGGCGCCUCAAAUUUCUGACCGCUGAUUCGAACAACACCGUCUGUUCGUCAACACAAUUCCUGGAGAAGCUUAAAGGAGUAAGUCUCUUGCCAAAUGAGGUCAUGGUAUCUUUCGAUGUCACGUCCCUCUUUACUUCUAUCCCCCAGGAUCUGGCAAUCGAGACCGCCGAGCUACUCCUACGAAGCAAAUACAAUGAAACGGAUAAUCGUAUCGGACAUGUCCAAGUCCUUCAGCCCCUAAAGUUCUGUCUCAGGACGUACUGCACGUUUGACGGAACAAUCUACGAGCAAGUGAAGGGAACACCAAUGGGCUCGCCGAUUUCGGGAUUCAUCGCCGAGGCGGUCCUACAGCGGUUGGAGUCGCUGGUCUUCCAACACCACAGACCGAAAUUCUGGGCUCGGUAUGUGGACGAUACCUUCGUCGUUAUCGAACGGGAUCAGGUGCUAACGUUCAAGGAACGUCUCAACAGCGUCUUCCCGGACAUACAAUUCACGAUGGAGGAGGAAGAAAAUAACCAGCUGGCAUUCCUUAAUGUCAUCGUCUGUCGCAAAGAUUGUGGUGGCCUAAAGACCAAAGUGUUCAGGAAAGCGAUGAGCAAGACGCAAAUACUGAACUUCAACAGUAACCACCCAAUCAGCCACAAACGCAGUUGCGUGAGAACGCUAUUUCGGCGUGUUGAGACGCACUGCAGUGAACCGGAAGACAAGCUUGCCGAAUCCCAAUAUCUUCGACGGGUUUUCAGAGAAAAUGGUUACCCGCGCAACUUCGUCAACCGGUGUAUGCGCAAACGAGACGAGAGACAGAACCGUGCCGACCCCAAAUUCUGGCGAGCGAUCCCGUACAUCAAGAACGUCUCCGAAGCCGUUAGCCGCCUUCUUGCACCACUUGGGGUUGGAGUGGCACACAGACCGGAGGCCACCAUUACGCGUCAGGUGAUGAGACCAAAAGACCCACUGCCACGGCAGGAAACAUCUGGAGUCGUUUACCGGAUCUGGUGCAGUUGCGGACAAAACAACUACGUCGGAGAAACUGGAAAAUUGCUCCGAACGCGAAUUGCCGAACACGCGGCAGCGGUACGGAGAAAUGCCGCCAACUCUCUGGUCGCGGCCCAUUCGACGAGACCCGACCACACAUUCAAGUUCGAUGAGGCCGAAAUUCUCGCCAGAGGGGAAAAUCGCUUGAGCCGCGAGUUGCUUGAGUCAUGGUUCACGGGACCUCAGUCUAUCAACAAGUGCAACGACAUUCCCACUCCAUAUUCCGUGCUGAAGCAUAGGCUGGCCAAGAUAACUGAUCACUCGGGGAGCGCGCAAGCCGGUGAGCUACAUGACCGAGCAAUCAUCACGCCAGUAUCUAACACGGCUGAUGACAUUUCGGGGAUUAAUAAUCACGCCGGCCAUCAAGCAAUUAUCGCACCAUCGGGCACCCAGCCUUGA